AUGGCGGCGGCGGUGGCGGCGGCGGCAGCAGUGCGGACCCGGAUCCUGCAGGUCUCUUCCAAGGUGAAUUCCACUUGGUAUCCAGCAUCCUCCUUUUCUUCUUCAGUGCCAACUGUAAAGCUCUUCAUUGAUGGGAAAUUUGUUGAAUCCAAAAGUGACAAAUGGAUUGACAUCCACAACCCAGCCACCAAUGAGGUCAUUGGUCAUGUUCCUCUGGCCACCAAGGCCGAAAUGGACACGGCUGUUGCUUCCUGCAAACGUGCUUUUCCCGCAUGGGCGGACACUUCAGUAUUAAGCCGCCAGCAGAUCCUGCUCCGCUAUCAACAACUCAUUAAAGAAAACUUGAAAGAAAUCGCCAAGUUAAUCACGUUGGAACAAGGGAAGACCCUUGCUGAUGCUGAAGGAGAUGUAUUCCGAGGCCUUCAGGUGGUUGAGCAUGCCUGCAGUGUAACAUCCCUCCUGCUGGGAGAGACUAUGCCAUCCAUCACCAAAGACAUGGACCUUUAUUCCUACCGUCUGCCUCUGGGGGUGUGUGCAGGCAUUGCUCCAUUCAAUUUUCCUGCCAUGAUCCCCCUGUGGAUGUUUCCAAUGGCCAUAGUGUGUGGAAAUACCUUCCUACUGAAACCAUCAGAGCGAGUUCCUGGAGCAAGCAUGCUUCUUGCUAAGUUGUUCCAGGACUCUGGUGCCCCAGAUGGAACACUAAAUAUCAUCCAUGGACAACAUGAAGCUGUAAACUUUAUUUGUGAUCAUCCGGAUAUCAAAGCAAUCAGCUUUGUGGGAUCCAACCAGGCAGGAGAGUACAUCUUCGAGAGAGGGUCAAGACAUGGCAAGAGAGUUCAAGCCAAUAUGGGAGCCAAGAACCAUGGAGUAGUCAUGCCAGAUGCCAAUAAGGAGAAUACCCUGAACCAGCUGGUUGGGGCAGCCUUUGGAGCUGCUGGUCAGCGCUGCAUGGCUCUUUCCACAGCAAUCCUUGUAGGAGAAGCUAAGAAGUGGCUGCCAGAGCUGGUGGAGCGUGCCAAAAACCUGAGAGUCAAUGCAGGAGACCAGCCUGGAGCUGAUCUUGGCCCUCUGAUCACCCCCCAGGCCAAAGAGCGAGUCUGUAAUCUGAUUGAUAGUGGAACAAAGGAGGGAGCUUCUAUCCUCCUUGAUGGUCGAAAAAUUAAAGUGAAAGGCUAUGAAAAUGGCAACUUUGUUGGACCAACCAUCAUCUCAAAUGUCAAGCCAACUAUGACCUGUUACAAAGAGGAGAUUUUUGGUCCAGUUCUUGUGGUUCUGGAGACAGACACUUUGGAUGAAGCCAUCAAGAUUGUAAAUGACAAUCCAUAUGGAAAUGGAACCGCCAUCUUCACCACCAAUGGAGCCACUGCUCGGAAAUAUUCCCACCUGGUGGAUGUUGGACAGGUGGGGGUAAAUGUCCCUAUUCCAGUGCCUUUGCCAAUGUUCUCAUUCACCGGUUCUCGAUCUUCCUUCAGAGGAGACACCAAUUUCUAUGGCAAACAGGGCAUCCAAUUCUACACUCAGCUAAAAACCAUCACUUCUCAGUGGAAAGAAGAAGAUGCUACUCUUUCCUCACCUGCCGUAGUCAUGCCUACCAUGGGCCGUUAG